ACAUAUAAAUAAACGAUUUUAAUUUGUUAUAACAACCUAACCAAUAAGACAAUAAUAAGCAGCCAAACACGGUACUACUAAAUAUAGACUAUAGUAAAUAACACUAAGUGCAGAAAAUACAAGAAUUAUGGAUUUCGACAGAGAUUGGUACAGAGAAAAAGCGUCGCGCAUAGCUGUGUUGGCACAUAUUUUUGGGAUUAUUGCUCUUAUUCUAAUGCUUGUUUGGUUGUUGCAUUAUCGAGGAGGUUUUAAUCUUGAUGAUUAUGAAAAUCCUACUCGUAUUUUCAAUAUUCAUCCUUUCCUCAUGUUCUUUGGGUUCAUUUUUUUUGCUGGGGAAGCUAUGAUGGUGUAUAAGACGGUGAUAGCUGAGCCAAGAACGCAGAAGAUGAUACACAUGAUAAUGCACAUAAUAGCAAUAACUCUUGGGAUAGUAGGGAUAUAUGCUACUUUCAAAUAUCACUCCGCAAAAAACCUAACAACUAUGUACACCAUGCAUUCUUGGAUUGGCCUUGGUACCUUCAUUUUAUAUGGCAUUCAGUGGUUGGUGGGGUUCGUAACAUAUUGGAUACCAAGGAGAAGCUCAACAAGAGCAAGAUUUGCACCAUGGCAUGUGAAUCUAGGAAGGAUAUUACUAUAUAUGGCAAUAUGCACAGCUGAAACAGGAUUGAUGCAGAUAUUCACAAUCCUACGUUUGGUGGCAAGUCAUGAGGCUCGGUUAAUCAACUUUAUUGGCCUUGCUAUUUUGCUCUUUGGCAUUACUGUUGAUCUUUCCAUCUCUUUUGCUCGCUUUGGCCAUAUUAAUUAACUUAGACUUAUUAUUUUUCUUAUGAUCAAAUACUCAUUGUGUCAUUGGAUUGUGUUGUAAUAUAUUUUUUCUGUGGUGAGCCUUACAUGUUUCAGAGUGAAGUGUGUGUUCAAUAUUUUUUUGGAUUGGAAUUGUUGGUUGAGUUUUUAAACCAUCUUGUAAAUGUGAAUGAUUGGGGGAGACUUGCAUUCUUUAAUGCAGAAUUUAUUUAAAGACAAUGUGAUUAUUGUUCAACUAAUUUUAAUUGUGUUUAUUUUAUAUUAUAG